UUAUAUUAAAUAUAUUAUUAUAAUCUUUACUAGCAUAAAGAUUAUAGUACACUCUGGAGAUUGUUCGUGUGUCAAAGUUGGAGGCCAGACGCUUGAACGGCUACGCUUGCUCCUUCAACACCUUUUGCUCGACUUCAUGUUCGCACCACUUUACCAGAGAAGUAUAUCUUUGCAAGGCCAAUAUUGCUACUGCACUCCUGCUGGCUUUGUUGUUCCUUCGAAGAUCAUGCUUCUUCAACAACUGCAAGCUCAGAGUGGUAAGAAAACUAAGAGGAAGGUUCCCAAAAGCCCCAGGAAGAAAGGGGCUGAAGAAGAUGGUACGAAGCUCUCCAGUUUGGCUACGGAUAUAGCUAUGCAAGACCUUGAGAAAGAAAGGGCUCAGACUGCUUCUUCCUCGUCUGCUACGUCCCCUCCUUCUGUUGAAGUUGUCCCUGAGAUUGCUCCUCAGGUAGAUAUAACUACUGCGCAGAACACCCCCCAGGUGCUUGAUAAAAUGCCUGAACCAGAGGAGGUUGCUGCCAAACCUGUUACCUUUGCUGACCUCUUCAAAGGUAAUAGGGACCCUGACCAAGGUAUGAUUUUGAAGCAAUAUGAUGUUGGUGAAGGUGUUCUUCAUAUUCCGGACUCUGUUAUUAAACCUGUUGAAGAGCUGUGGGGAUUUUGCCUUGUGGGUUGCUUCACUGGACGCUUCCCUGGCCUCAAGGCAGUGGAUGCCAUUGUCAAAAGCUGGAAUGUACCUUGUAGAAUCAUUCCCCAUUGUAAAGGUUGGGUUAUUCUGAAAUUUGAAAACGACGCUGAUAGGUUGGAUAUUCUGGGCAGGGAAAGGGACAAAGCCUAUGGGAAGGAGUUUAGACUCAAAAUCCCUUCUCAUGGUUUUAUGUUUGACUUUGCUGAAUUCACCACCUUACCUGUCUGGGUUCAGCUGCAUAACGUUCCUUUGCAGUUAUGGUCUGAAGAAGAGAUUGGGAUGCUGGCUUCAAAAGUUGGAAAACCCCUGAGAACUGAUCUGGUUACCAAACAGCAAGGCAAAGGAGGUUUCUGUAGAGUGCUUGUUGAGGUUGAUUUCUCAAAACAGCCUGUGACUAACUUUGUGGUAGCCUGUAUGGGUAAAACAUUCACCCAAACAGUGGUGUUUGAGGAAGACCCUAAAUACUGUUUUCACUGUAAAACUUGGAACCAUGGCCCCUUCUACUGUAAAGCCUUGGAGCUGAAGAAGGAAUUGGAAAAACUGAAAGCCACACAAAAUGUUGCUAUGGACAUGCCAAAGGAGCAAAGAGCACCCCCUGAGAAAGCUGGAGCUAAGGAGUGGAUUGCUACUGGGAAAAGUAAUGAGCCUAUUGGGGGCUUGAUUCCUUCUUCUUCCAACAGCAAGGAGAAGACUAAAGAACCCAUAGCUACUGGUAAGAAUGGUGAACCCCCAACUGCUGAUGGUAACAGGGUUGGUAAUGGUGCUGACUUGCUAAAGAAGAAGAGGACUGAUGAUGGAAACAUGGUUGGGAAGAAACCUGAGAAGAAAAAAGGUGGAGCCAAGUUGGAGAAUUUUGUGGCUACUAAACUGCCUGGGUGGAAAUUUGCCACCAAUUUUGAUGUUUUGCCUGGCAGCCGUAUGGUCCUUUUGUGGAACCCCUCCCUUUUUGCCUGUACUGUUUUGGGAGUGGGUGAACAAUAUCUUCAUUGCGGAGUUCAAUGCUUCACAACACGUAAUGACUUUUUGCUUUCCUUCAUUUAUGGCCUUUACACAGUUCCUAAGAGAAGGGAGCUGUGGAAUGAUUUGUCCUCUCUAGCACAGAAUAUUUCCAAACCUUGGGCUUUGCUUGGUGACUUUAACUGUGUUUUGGCUAGCAACGAGAGAGUGAACUGUAUGAACCAAGGAGGGUGCUAUAUGACUGAUUUGCAAGGUUUCAAGUCUUCUAACUGUUUAGAAGAUGUUCCUUCUAUUGGAAAUUUCUUCACUUGGCAUAAAGGGAACAAGCUUGCAAAACUAGACAGAGUUCUUGCCAACCAGUUUUGGGGUGACACUGGGCUGGCUCCAACAUGUGAAUUUUUGGACUUCAAUUUCCUAUCUGAUCACUGCCCCAUUCUUUUCCAGUGUGGCGCACCUCAAGGUAACAGACACAGGCCUUUCAGAUUUUUCAACAUGUGGCUCAAACAUGAGGGCUUCCAUGGGUUGGUUUCCAAGGUUUGGGAGGCUGGAGUGGCUGGCUCUAAGCAGUUCUCCUUGUGCUCCAAGCUCAAACGCCUCAAACCCCCCUUAAAAUCCCUCAACAAGCAUGCUUUUGGCCACAUCUCUAAAAAAGCUAUGGAUGCUAAGGAAGAGUAUAGGCUGGUGAUGAAGCAGGUGGUCCUGGACCCAAACAAUCAAAACCUUCUUGAUGAUGCUGAAAUCAAAAGGAAGAAAGCCAACUUUUUCCUUGAUGCUGAAUUUGCCUUUUAUCAACAAAAGGCUAAAUGUGAUUAUCUUAUGAAUUCUGAUAGAUGUACCAGCUAUUUCCACUCCAUUGUUAAGAAAAAUAGAAUGAAAAAUUCAGUUGGCUUCUUGGUUAGAGGAGAUGGUUCCAAAACCACUUCCAAAGUUGAGGUGGCUAGUAUGUUUGUGGAGUACUUCACUAAUCUAUUUGGCACUUCUUCUUCAGUUGACCCUAUUGAUCUGGAUACUCUGUCUGCUGGAAUAAGGGUUCCCUCUUCUGCUCAUUCUGCUCUUCUUGCUCCUGUUACACCAGAGGAGGUUAGGGAGGCAGUGUUUGACAUUGGCAAUGACAAGGCCCCAGGUCCUGAUGGCUUCACUGCUGCCUUUUUCAAGGACCAAUGGGAUCUUGUGGGCAGGGACAUUUAUGAAGCAGUGGUGGAAUUCUUCAGCUCUGGGAGAUUAUUGAGACAGAUCAAUCAUGCCAUGAUAGUUCUCAUCCCCAAAUCUGCCCAUAAUCCAACUGUUAAAGAUUUUAGGCCUAUUGCCUGCCUCAAUGUUCUUUACAAAAUCAUUACCAAAAUUUUGGCUAAGCGUAUGGCUCCCCUGCUCCCCGACAUGAUUGAUCCAGCACAAGGGGCCUUUGUCCCAGGGAGAUCCCUUGUGGAUAAUUUCCUCUUAGCCCAACACCUUAUCAGGGAUUAUGCUGUUAAGAGAUUACUCAACAAAAGGGCUAAAGAAGGUGGUUUCAGUUAUCACAAAGAUUGUGCUGCUCUUGGGAUUACGCACUUGGCCUUUGCAGAUGAUCUUAUGUUGUUCUCCAGAGGGGACUUUCAUUCAGUGCAGGUUUUAAUGGAUGUUUUGGAUCAGUUUUCAAGGGUUUCUGGCCUAACCCUUAAUCCUACCAAGUCCAACAUCUUCCUCACUGGUUUCCUAUCCAAAUGGAGAACACUGAAACUCUCCUACGCUGGCAGACUGGAACUGAUCAGGGCAGUGGUACAGGGCGUCCAAUCCUUCUGGCUCCAGGCCUUUCCUGUCCAAAACUACGUACUUGAGCGUAUCACCUCUAUGUGUAGAGACUACCUCUGGGGCAGUAAACUGGCUAAGGUUGCUUGGGUUGAUAUCUGCAAACCAAAGACUGAAGGAGGACUUGGGUUGAAGGGUGCCAAAACCUGGGACAACGCUCUUUUGUGCAAACUCUUGUGGAACUUGGCUGCCAAAAAAGAUACCUUGUGGGUUAAAUGGGUUCACAAUGUUUAUAUUCAGGGUGCAAAUAUAUGGCAGUGGCAACCCAAGAGAAGGCAUUCUGUUUUCUUCAAGAGGAUUGCCUAUGUGCGUGAUCUGUUGCUUCAAAAGCUAGCUGACCACUUUCCCUCUGUGGAGGAGGCUUUGAGUCCUUACUGUUUGGCAGGUAACCUUAUUCCAAGAAAGGUUUAUGAUUUGUUUAGGGCUAAAGCCAACCCCAAGCCUUGGAUGGCUUUUAUCUGGCAAAGCUAUAUACCUCCUAAGUGCUCCUUUACGAUGUGGCUGGCACUUAGGAGGAGGCUGCCCACCAAAACAAACUUGGAAUUCCUCGGUUUACCUAUGGACUGCACCUUCUGUGGACAUGGGCUGGAAGAUGUGGACCACCUGUUCUUUAACUGCCCGUUCUCUAAGGCAGUUUGGAACAACGUCAAAAACUGGCUUGGUUUGGAAGGACAUUUGAGCACUCUCGCCAGGGCCAUCAGAUGGUUGAAGGCUUUUAGGCGUGAAGAAGGGAUUCUCAAGAAGGCAAGAAGGCAAGAAGGAUUGCUUUGGCUUGCACUGUUUUCCACCUCUGGAAGCUACGGAAUGCUGCCCACUUUGAGCGUGAACCUCUUUCCGUUCAGGGUUCGACGGAACGAAUCCAACGGCGCGAUCGGAUUCGGAUUUGGAGCCCUUGGGCCUGGGAAGUGCGUUUGGGCCAGAAUGAGUCAAGCGUCCACCCACGGUCAGGGUAACACCCACCACAUCAACGACAAACACGUUGAUGCCCACACUGAAGGAUCCAGCUUCGUUCCCCAACAAAAUGUGGGACAACAGAACGUACCUCAGAACGAGGGAAAUCACCAGAAUGUUGGAGGCCAGCCGGACCCCGUAUUACCGGCCAUCAUGAUGCACUUCUUACAGCAUAUGGAGCAAGCGCAGAUGUUCCAGCCGCCACCGCCGCCACCGCCGGCUCGGCAGGUCACCCUAAAGACAUUAAAGGAUAACGGCGCCGAGGAGUUUCUUGGCGACAACAUUGCAGAACCACAGACUGCCUUCGACUGGUUGGAUCAAACCACAAGGGUACUAAAGAACUUGAGGAUUCCAGAAGCUGAUCGCCCCGAGCUUGCUGUCCACUCUUUCCAGAAGGAGUACAUUCCACCCCGUUUCCGGGAGGGAAAACGAGCUGAGUUGGUGGCUUUGAAGCAAGGAGACAUGACACUCCCUGAGUUCCGACAGAGGUUUGAUCACUUAGCCCAGUUUGCAGGAACUUUGGUGGGUACCAUAGCAGAUCGCAUUGAGGAGUUCACCACCAAACUCCGACCAGACAUACAGCCCUACCUGUCAGCUGUGCCAACAACAAACUUCACAGCAGCGUACAACCAAAUAGAGAAAGCCGAGAAGGGGCUGAUCGCGUGGAAGAAGAGUGUGGCCGGUUCGGAGGAGCCGACCACCCAGCACAAAGGCGUCGUCACGUCGGGUGGCAAGCGAACCCCUGGGGGAGGUCACAGCAUGCAGCAUUCCAAAAAGACUAAGUCAAGACCAGCCCAGUCUGGAGCUUCGAGCAGCAAACCGCGACCAUCCAGGCACCAUAAGUGUAACCUCUGCGGGAGGAACCAUCCAGGAGAAUGCUGGUUCACACAGGGUCUGUGCCUGGGCUGCGGUAAGGCGGGACAUUUCGAGGGAUUGCCCUACGAAUCCCGGACCCGCGUUUCCUACCGCCGAGACGCAGACAUAGCCGUCUGCGGUCCGUCCUACACAGAGCCAGCGCACUACCGCGGGAUCAAACCCGCGAAAGAGCCAGAGUCAAAGCCAAAGUCAUGAUCGCCAACACGGAGGAACUCCAGCGCGCACCUAUGCCAUGUUGGACCGAACUGAAGUAAACAGGGACAUCAUUC